GAUUUUCUCUGCCGUUCAUUGGAGACGUCAUCCGAGGGAUCUGAGGACAAGUAGUUUGUGUGACCCCAGAGCUACCUCUAAUGCAUCAUCCAUCAUCGCUCACUCAGGACUGGCUGCCUGAGUGCGUCGCCUCCAUCCUCACGUUCUCAGACCUGGCAGGGCAGAGUCUGGGGCAUCUGGGUCAACACCCGCAUUCACUUGAUAGGGGCCGGAGCCCACAGUGUUGUAAGCAUAGUUAACAUGGAAACCGGCGACACACUCAUUUUGAUGAUGGAGAUAAAACUCUCACAUACACACACACGUGUACCUGAGCAAAUUUUCUAUGCCGCACCUGCUUAAGCUUUCUCACAAGUGGGCCAGUUAUUUUGGUUAGUCAGUUCAUCCUAUCAGCUUCAUUGAAACAACAACAGCGGCGCUCUGUGGGGAGAGCGGAGCCCGACAUCGGGGCCCUGGACUGGGGCUUGUUCCAGAGACGGGAGGCAGCAGAUCACAAGUGAAAGAAUGAUUAAUGAGACGUCACGACCGGAGGCUUUCCCUCACCCCCACAGACUCCCAGCAGAGGGAAACCGGCUCGGAACAAACCGACCCUGCUCACAGAAGUUUGGCCCGGGUGUAGCGACGUUGCCCCAGCUCGAGCCACCGGUGGUCCAGGUGGUGGUGAGCAAUGCCAAAAACCAGCACCAGCAGUCGGACAACAUCCUGCCCCAAAUCGCCAACAAGGGGGGUCAGAACAACUUCCAGAUGCACACGGACGAGAGGCCGAAGCCCGCCCAGCAGUUCAGCAUGCGGUUCGGUGGAGGGACGGAUAAAGUGUCCGUUGCUCGCAACAGCAAGAUGUUCAGCAACAAGCUGGAGAAAGAGAAGGCAUUUGAGGGACAGAGAUUACCCAUGUCACCCAUAGAGGCACUGAAGAACUUCCAGGAGCGGCUGACGGGGUUUGAGCAGGAGGAAAUCGUAGACUACAGCGAGCUCUGGUUCCUGGGUCUGGGCUCUCAGAAGAUCGAGGGUUCCCAAGGAGCGCCGCAAAACUCCGGAUAUGACGACGAGCACGGAAGCUACAUCAGGGUGCUGCACGACCACAUCGCCUACAGGUUCGAGGUGCUCGAAGUGAUUGGGAAAGGCUCCUUCGGGCAGGUCCUGAAAUGUCUGGACCACAAAACCAAUGAACUCGUAGCCAUCAAGAUGAUUCGCAAUAAGAAAAGGUUUCACCACCAGGCUCUGGUGGAGCUGAAGAUCCUGGAUGUGAUCAAGCGGAAAGACAAGGACAACCUCCACAACGUCAUCCACAUGAAGGAGUACUUUUACUUCCGAAACCACCUCUGCAUCUCCUUUGAGCUCCUCGGGGUGAACUUGUAUGAGCUCAUCAAAAAAAACAACUUCCAGGGCUUCAGUCUCGCCCUCAUCCGCCGCUUUGCCCACGCUCUGCUCAGGUGCCUGCAGAUGCUGCACAGGGAGAAGAUUAUCCACUGUGACCUCAAACCGGAGAACAUUCUUCUUUCACAGAGAGGACCAGGGAACAUCAAGGUCGUGGACUUUGGCUCGAGCUGUUAUGAACAACAGAGAGUCUACACCUACAUCCAGAGCCGCUUCUACCGCUCCCCAGAGGUGAUCCUGGGUCACCCGUACAGCAUGGCCAUCGACAUGUGGAGCCUGGGCUGCAUCCUCGCGGAGCUCUACACAGGCUAUCCCCUCUUUCCUGGAGAGAGCGAAGUGGAGCAGAUAGCUUGCAUAAUGGAGGUUCUCGGGAUGCCUCCAAAUGAUUUUGUUCAGUCGGCGUCGAGGAGGAGGUUGUUCUUCGAUUCCAAAGGAAACCCGAGGAACAUCACCAACAGCAAGGGGAAGAAGCGGAGGCCGAACUCCAAGGAGCUGUCGGCUGCUUUGAAAACCAAUGAUGCUCUGUUCCUGGACUUCAUCAAACGCUGCCUCACUUGGGAUCCGACCAAGCGACUGAGUCCUGACGAGGGUUUGCAGCACGAGUGGAUCCUGGAGGGGAACUUCAACAGAGUGCGGCCGAGAACCAGGCCGGUGGUGAAGAAGACCUCAGACAGUUCCACCAGCACAGACAGACAGACUAACAGCAGGCCUGCGGAGAAGGUCAGCUCUGAGAGCAGCACUAACGACAAGCUGAAGAGAGACAGCUCGGAAACAGGAACAAACACGGCACCUGCCGAGCGGCUGCGGCCCAUCGGGGCCUCGGCGGAGGAGGAGGUGUGCGAAGGCGACGGGAAACUCUCCACGGACACCAAACAGCAAGGAGGUGGUGAAAGGCCCGUUCACAUCUUCAUCAAACCGCAGGAGGAAGUGGGCACGGAGAGAAAAGACAGCCAGGAACCAUCUCAGUGUUUGCCACCUAUCAUGUAACAGUCUGAGGGGAAAUGUGCUGCGUUCAUGACAAGUGGGAACUGGGGACAUUCGCACUCCUCCCACUUCCCACCUGAGUGAGGGCAGUGGCAGUGAACGGACAGCUGAGAGAAAGUUGCAUUUGUUUGACCCUGCACACAGAGAAUGUUAAAGAUCCUCCACGUUGCUGCUGCAUCUACAUGAAGUCGAAAAGCAACGUGUGAGAGAAGUCAGACUUCCUGAGUUUCAGGUGGAAAAAGCUGCUCGAACCCAAGUUUCCUCCGAGUUCCCACCUGCCAUGAACAAAACCCUGAUGUGUGGUGGCGACGCGCUCAUCGUCAGCACAGAUCUUCUUUUUAUUGCCGUCUUAGUGGAUUAUUUCGAUCCUGUGAAACUUUGAGUUUGUGUGACUGUGACGUCAAUCAACCAUUUUUUUAUAUAAGGGAGUGAAGCUGUUGAUGGAAUGUGUGACAGUGGAGACGUCCGUGUCCUCGAUGAGUUCAGAUCGAAUGGUUCUAUAUCUUCAUCGUUGUCUCCGCUGUCACUGUCUCCUGUGUUAUUUAUUGAACCCAAUCUUUGCUGUGCAUUGACAUCUCAUUUUUCUAGAGCGCUCGUACCUCCAACAACAGUCAAUUCAAUCAAGCUGCACCAAACUUCACACACUAAUAGAUAUCAGUCUCUUAAUUAUGCCGGAUUGUAGUCAUCCAGAGCCCUGAAUUAUUCCCUGGGAAAUGGGUGAAAAUGUCAAAAAAACAACAUCAAAUGCAAUGCAACAGUAAUAUUCCUGGAUCACAUCCUUCCACCCAGUGGUUUUAACCCUGCUGACAGACAAACAAAGUGCAAAUCUGUUUUUGCUUUUUUUUUCUUUGCAUUUAAACAUUUUCGCUUCACUUCAAAAACAACACUUUCGUGAGGGUAAAAGAUUUGAAGGAUUUUGUGCAAUAAAGGCUGAGCCAAAAAAAAAUCUUAAUUUUUUUUAAUCAUGUUGACAGAGAAGUAAUUAUCAUGUACUUUGUAAUUGUAGAUUGCAGUUGAUUACCUAGUGAUUAUUGUUUUAUUUAUUAUGAAAUAUGUUCGAUCCUAUGUUUAAUAUUUGUGCAACAAUUUAAUUGACGGUCAUAAAGUAUGUAUUUGUAAUAGAAUGUGUUGUACAUAUUUCUGUUCUUUCUUAUGUAUGUGUAAUACAGGACUUAUUUAAGAAAAAUAUUUAAGAUAUUUGUGGAGGGUUUAGACAAGGUUUUACUUGUUGUGUUGUUACUGUAUGGAAACAUUUUGUCCGUGUUAUUCAGGAUAUUUUUUAUAUUAGAAACAAAAAAGACAAUCCUACUAUUGAUAGUUUGUGCCUUGCAGUAUUAGAAAUCUUGCACUUAAUAUCGUGUGUGAGAACACCUGGAUAGAAACUGGAUUCUCACUGUCAGACAUGUAGACAGAGUUGCCAGGAUCCCUUUUAUUUGACAAAAUCAUGUCUCUGCUCAUGUUACGGGACAUUUACCGUCUUUUUAUUCAUGUCUUUAGUCGCCAACAGAGAUCAAAGUUAAAUUGAAGAUAGACCCCGUGCCCUCAUUAUCGAUUAGCUAAGCAACCAAGAGAUCCAGAGAGGAAGGACUGUAGCUGGGGAAAAAAGUCAAGAACAGUAAUUUUUAUGUCUUUUAUGAGUAAAUAAAAAACUAUUUCAAAGAA